UCUCCAGGUGUCACCACUUCCUGGUGAAGGAGCGGCGGCCUGAUGACUUACCGGGAUCUGUUGGGGGAUUGGAACCGGGCCGUGCAGGCCAUCGACCGCAGGGAAUGGCUCUCCGCACUCGGCUGUCUGACCAGUGUCGCCGAACCCAACUCCAGGAUCUACUUCAACCUCGGCUGCGUCCGCCUGCACCUGCGAGACUUGCCCGGGGCCCUCAAGGCUUUUGACCUAACCAUAGCCAAAGAUGAGCGACUGGCAAUCUGUUUCUUCCAGAGAGGCAUUGUUCAUCUGCGACUGAACAUGUUUGAUGAAGCACUGGAAGAUUUUAGACAUGCCCAGACCAACUUACGAGGUCAUUCAGUGAUCGACUACGCCCAGCUUGGACUUAGACACAAACUGUACUCCUGGGAGGUUCUAUACAACACGGCUGUGGUUUACUGUAGACUCGAUCAAUGGGCAGAGGCCCAGAAGACACUGGCAUAUGCAGUGCGUAUGAAACCCUUGGGCAGCAAUGCUAAGCUGGACAGUGCACUUUCCAAGGUGAAGUGCCAAAAUGCCCUUGAGCCAAUUGAUGUGCCUGAGGGGAUUGUGUUCAGACCCAGCAAACAUGAGGUGGACGAACUGAAACUCAAGGACUUCCUGGGAACGUCCAAAGUGGUCUCCUCUGUGGUCCCAUAUGACAGCUUCGCUGGAUUUGGACCUCUUCGCCCAGUGGGUCUUGCUUCUGCUGAAACAAAUACUGCUCCCCAGACAUUGCUGAGGACACCAGGAGAAAUUGAAGCACCAAUGAUGCCUGCAUCAGCAGCUGUACCCAGCAAGGUCUCACCGAACCCUGAGUCAGUGAUAAUGAAGGUUCACUAUGAGUAUUCAGCGGCGGCAAGAGUGGAACCUGGCACAUCUUACCCUGACCUUCUAAACAUCAUCAAAUCCAAACUCAGCCGACAGUCAGGAUGGAUGGAACUGAGUUACAAAGAUGAGAAAAAGCAAGAGCUAGUACCCAUCAGAGGAGAGGAAGAUCUGAAAAAGAUGUGGAAUCAGGUUAUCGAAAGGCACAUUACUGUCUGGUGCAAGUCUACAGACCCUUUAGCUGGACGCCAAAUACUCUACAAAGCCCUGGCUCUUUAUAACUACAGUGGACAAGGUCCUGAGGAUAUGGAGUUUAAUGAAGGCGAUGUCAUUGAUGUAUUAUCUGAAGUGAAUGAGGAGUGGCUGGAGGGACAUUCCAAUGGGAAUAUCGGCAUUUUCCCUCGGUGUUUUGUAGGACCACAAAAGCUGGAAACCACCAACUCCAAGGAAUCAGCUUGCUCUGAAGUUACAGGAGCCUCUAAGAAGGCAUCUUUCACAGAGACCAACUCUGAAACAAAACAUUUGGGAACUCGCUGAGGUGGCAGAGAGAGGUCUGGCCAAUAACUGGGAGUGGCUGUGGGUUAUAGUUUGUUUUCGAAGGGAUGCAUGUUUGACCUCAGAAAGGAGAUGACCCUGAUCUUUCUGAGACAUAGUCUCCAGGCAAGGGAAUGGAUUCCUUGGUCUCUGGGUAGUUAGGAUUUCUUCAGUCUCCGAAGGAUGAGGGGCACUAAUCUCCUAAGGGUGGGUCAUGUGUGGAUGUUGGUUUGUUUAUACGCCAGGAGUACAGAGCCCCACCACAGUGGACCAAACAAAUCCCCAGCUCAACCUCAGAUUUCACUCCUCCUGAGAGAGAAUGUUCAGAUUCAGGGAGUUGUUGGUAUGGUCGGUAUUUGGAAAAAAGGGGAUGGUAUUUCUUGAUUUCCAGUGGUUGAACAUCUCUCUGGGUGAUUUCCUUUUGAUUCCAGAGGGGAAACAAAAGUUCUAGUUAGAGUAAGUAUAACACUCUCUGGGGUAAGUGGAGAUUUGAAUGGUCUCUGGGAAGGGUCUGCUUAGUCUCUCGGGGAGAUGAGGCAGAGUUCCAGAAUGGUCCCAGGGAUAUAAUUUUGUCUCCUUACCCAACAACGUGUAUUGCUGCCAUAGAGGAAAUUUAGCAAUGAUUCACUGGACUGGUUCCAGGGGCCUUGUGGUUUCUUAUUAGGAAAUAUUUAUUAGGCAUUGUAUUCUCUAGAGUUUAGAAGAAUAGGAGGAGAUAUAAUUGAAAUUUAAAAAUUACUUAACAUGCUUCUCAAUCUAGAGUAGAAAGGAUCAUUUCCCUGUGGGAGGAGUCUAGGACAAGGGUUCCAGUUUGUGAAUAAAGGUUAGAUUUAGAAUUAGGUUGAGGAGAAUUUAUUUAACUUAGAAGCUGGUGAAACUUUGGAAUUCUGUAUCCCCUUCAAAACACAGACUUAUUUUAUGGGCAUUAAGGGAAGUAAAGGAUUUGGGAAUAGUGUAGGAAUGUUGCACGAGGUAGAGAAUUGGUGUGAACGUGAUGAAUAGUGGAGUAGGCUCGAAGGGCUGACAGCCUAGCUCUUAAAAAUGUUUUUAUGCACAUCUUUCAGCAAGAGGAAAGAAAAUUUCUUUGGGAGUAGAGGUGUUCUCAAAUAUUUCUGCUAUUAAAGAGCUUGAAGAUCUUGCUUUUUCUCUCUCUCAAUUUUGGUUUAUCUUGGUUAAAACAUUUUUCAUUGGGUGAAAUGGUUACAUACCAUCAAUAUGAAAUCAGCAAGGAAAGCUUCCAACAAAGGAGUCAACCUGUCACCAGACACAUUUAUAAUCUUAUCUUCUUGUUAAAUAAAGGUAAACUGUACGGUAGGGCAUUUAUUGGCUGUUUGGUUCACUACAUAUCUAAAAAGUAAAUUCAAUCAAUUGAUUUAUUAUAAUUUUUAUGUGGCCAGCAGACUACUAAGGCUGUUUCUUGGGACCAAAGGUGACUUAAUUUGACUAAUUUUCCUUUUCAAGGUGACAAAUAAGGAUAAUAUAGGAACCAUAAGUAUAUGGAUGAAAUAAAAAUGGAGGGCUACAUGAGAGAGAAGUGUUAGAUUGACCUUGAGGUAGAUAAAAGGUCGAUAUAACAUAGUGGGUCGAAGGGCCUGUACUAUGCUCUGGUGCUUGACGUUCCCCAGGUGCUGAUAGGGUGGACGGGUGUUUAGUUUGUAUGCUGCUGUGCUCCUUUCUCUGCCAAAGCAGGGCUUGCAAGACAAGACCUCAUAUUUCUCAAUGCCACCCUGAUUGCUAUUUGUUCACUUUGAGAAGGUAAUUGACCAGAGUUUCCUGUAGUCAGAGGGCUUUCAUAUCUUUUGUUCAACUAGUAAUCUCCUCCUUCGAGUUCAGGUUCGUGUCUAUUUUGCAGUCUGAUGUUGGGUGUGAGAAUAAAAUAUUCUGUCCAGCAUAGCUGACUGGGUGUGAAAUAGGGCUUCAACAUCAGAGACGUUGGUCUAGGAGAGGUCACUGAGAAUGUCGUUUCAGUAAAUGUGAUAGAUCUUGUGGAGAUAUUGUUGGUAUUUUUCCAUUUUCUAGAGAUGCAUUCUGUAGGUGGUCCAGGACUCAGAAGGAUGUCAGAGGGCAGGGAUCACUGCUGCCCAAGGAUGCUGUGCCAGGUCUGAAUUCGCCACAUUUUCCAGGCCCUGAUCAUCCAUCUUUAUUGUUAGAGGGUAGUGUGGUGUAGCAAAGUAAGUUGUUUGCAAACGUCCAGCAAAAGCAUUGACAGUGGCUUGACCUCAGAGUGUACAAACAGCAAAGUCUUCUGUGUGUUGUAGCUUGAGUACUGAGGUUUGGAUGAUCUUGCUGCGGAGUGGAGUUGUUGUGGGUUGAAGAUCAGCUCCAUUCAUGCAGGAAAUCUGGAACUCUGAUGCAACAGUGCAGGAAAAAAAAAGUUAAAUAAGAUCCUUGGGCAAUGAUGUAGCCUUAUUAGACACCUGUCUUCGCAGAGAACAGUUUUGUAUCAGGCUUUUAAUGCCAUCAUGGAGCAAAUAUAAGAUAGAAAUGAACUUGUCAUGGGCAGCUGAAUUUGUGGAGUGUGUUCCACAGUCUCCUCUGGUUGACUGAGUUAAAGGCUCUAGCGAAUGCUUUCCUGUAUCAGCAGGAAACUGCUGCUACACCCUCUACUCUCCCACCAAUUAACCUACCCGGUACAUCUUUGGAUUGUGGGAGGAAACCAGAGCACCCGGGGGAGCCUAUGCAUUAAGCGUAAAGGAAUUGGGUGCUUACUGUUCUGACUAACAAUGGAUGGUGCAAUCCGGGGUAUAUUACGAUCGAGGAACGUGUUUGCAGACUGGAUAUUGAACUUUUUACUGUUGGACUUCGGCCACAUUCCACCGUGAUACAACACCUGGCGGCACGGGAGGUCGUUCCUGCCUGUGGCCAUCGAACGUGCAGCUCCUCUCGUGGAGGGUCAGACACCCUGCGCCAAUAGACUGGUCCUGGACUUAUUUUCCGUCUGGCAUAGUUUGCAUUUUGGUGUUUGAUUGUUGGGGUUUUUUGUAUUGCUAUAUUUACACUCUAUUCUUGGUUGGUGCGGCUGUAACGAAACCAAAUUUCCCUCGGGA